UUCGAUAGUAUUUUAUAGCAAAGUUGUUUUUCUGAUUUUCACCACUUGCUUGCGGUUAUCUGCUAUUUGUCUUUUCUUUACUUUCAUGAAUUGACAUUGUAUCGUGGAUUUACCGUGUUAUUAUUUACUAGAAACGAAUAAUAGACGCGCAUUCUCGGGCAUUCAGGUGAGUUGCGUGCGGACUUCUUUCUUGGGCUUCUCUUAUUUCCUUUCCUUCUGUUUCUUUUCUUUUCUUCUCUUGUUCUUCUUAACAUCUACCGGGUUGUAUUCUUGAAUUUUAUCUUCUAAGAUUUCCCUUUCAUGCCUAAUACCUUUUCUGUAAAAAUAACACAGCUCAAUGCACUUAUAUUUUUCUGGGCUUAUUCGAGAGUACAAACAUGGUUUCUCUUGGUUCUCUCAUGCUCAAGAGAGAAGCAUCAGCCAAUUGCUCUCCUGCGCUGAUCGGUGGGAACUUAGCAAUUCGCAGGAGAUGGAUAACAUGGAAACGGGUUUAAGUAUGAAAGUAAUUGAGGAAGUGGACGGGUGCACAAAGUACCUGAAGCUACAACGGACGAUUGGUGCUUGGGUAAAGCCAAGACGUGAGCGAUGGCCUUGAGGCUUCGCAGUAGCAAAGAUGUUAAGAAAAGCUCAUACUACGUAUGGUAUUUGGGAGCGAGGGAGGCUAAAGGCGUGGAUGCGAUGCCAGGUGCCAUAGCAUAUCUCCUCGAGCGUGAAAGACUCCAAGAACCUUUCAAGGUCACACUGCAGGUCAGCAGCAAAGGCCUCAAGAUCAUUCAGACCGUUCAUCCGGGUAUGUCCACAAAGUCUGCUGUAAAACAUCUUGUGCCAGGUCACGCUGUUCUUGCUGCUGUACAACGGGAGGACGUCGUCGCUGCAACUCUUCUUCUUCCCAAUCCAGCCACCAACAAUCCUGUUCAUGUUCACGCCUACAGAUGUGAUUCUGUGGAGACAGCUGAACUUCUGGGUGGACAAUUAAAAGUUUUAGCCUCGAAUUCUGACAAUUCAAGCAAGAUCAAUGGAUCUGAUAAUAGGAUCAGAAGCAAUUUAGGCAGUGAUGGUCGUAGUACCAGAGAAUCUGAAUCAUCAGAAGGUAGUGGUGAACAUAGGCAUAUUCCAGUUCAAACUACUACCAUUUAUGAAUCUCUGGCUGCUGAAUUAAGAGCAAAAUUAGGCAGAGGAAACUCUGGCGAUAAUGAUGUAGGACCUAUUUUACUGCCACCUCGAGACUAUGACACAGUUCACAGACAUCGGGGAAAUCUUGCUGGGAUCGAAUUCCGACGUUGUCUCAAUCAAACGAUCGUAGGUGGUAACACCGCGAAUGAACGAGGCGGAACGCGGAGCGCAGCAAGCAGUGGUAUCGGUUCAGAUAGCGCAGCUACUCCGCCUCCAUACCAACCACAUCAUCCUCUAGGUCCACGACCUUCUCGACCAUCUCGAGACACUUCAUCUGAUGAAGAUUGGGGAGGUGUUAAUGAGGAUAAUGAAUAUCUGCAAGAGUCAAAUUCCAAUAUGGCUUUACCUCGAGUUACAAGGAGUCCGGAAAGACCAAUUGGUUUGACUAGAGGAGUAUCACCGAAUUCUAAUAGACUAAGACGAGCACCUGAAUUGAGACAACGAUCACCAAGUCCACAGUAUCAACCUAAAAUUGAUCCUAUUGAAGUAACAAGCCCAAGAGAAAGAUUCCAAGAUGCCAAGGAGAUGUUUAAGGCCAUGGAACGAGAAAAUAACGCGAGGCCAGUGAUUGUUAGAUCUAGAGAAACUAGUGAGAGCCAUGGAAAACAUAAGUUGGAGCAAUCAAGGUUACAUGAUGAAAGAAUAAGUCGUCACAUGUUAUCCAAUGCAUCGCAUUCUGCUCCAGUACAUAGUGACCAUAUGAUAAGAAGAAGCCAUCCUAAUUUGGAUCGAGAAAAGGAACGUGAGCAUAGUGAUUUUGUAUAUAAAUCACGCUCCAGAGGACAGAGUUAUUCGACAGAUCAUCUCGAAAGCUCUCGACCAAGACCUAGAAGUUUUUAUGAAAAUUCAUCAAAUGGAAGAGAACAGAAAGAGCAGAGACACCAUGUUAUAGAUUUGAGAGAGACAAAAGAAAUAAGAGAUCGACAUUCUCGUGAACUUCGUGAGAAGCAGCGAAUACGACCUAUGGCUUACCAAGAAAUCCCGAAGCACGAUAGAUAUCUAGAUCGUGAAAGUACUAGACAAAGUUUUGAUAUCUUGCCCACACCAGGAAGAUAUCGUCAUAGUUAUGCUGAACCUCCAAGACUUGGACUAGCAGCACUUGAUCCGUACUAA